AUGCUGAGGAACAAAGGUCGAUGUAAUCGGGACAAGCCGCCCUGCAAGUAUUUCCAUCCACCGCAGCACCUGAAGGACCAACUUUUGAUAAACGGCCGGAAUCAUUUGGCCCUGAAGAAUGCCCUGAUGCAGCAGAUGGGUCUGUCACCGGCCCAGCCUCUAGUGCCUGGCCAGGUACCAGCAGUGGAGGCACCGGCACCUCCGGCACCACACCAUCACCUUCAACAGCAAAUCCAGCAGCAACUUCUCGCUACCCACGCCUUUAUGGCGACGAACCCGUACCUGACCGGUAUGCCGCAGGUUGGCAACACGUACAGCCCGUAUUUCGCCCCGAGCCCGAUCAUGCCCGCGAUAAUGGGGCCAGCCGAUCCGACCGGAGUAGGAAGCCCCCUCGGCGUGGUGCCGCAAACGGUCGCGAUGCCGCAGAAGAUGCCACGUACCGAUCGCCUCGAGACGGCUACGAUGCCGACGAAUGUGGCGGGAAUGGGUGCGUUGGCCGGCGGAGUGUCAGGAGUUCCCGCGACUGCGGUUCCCGGAGGACUUCAGACCGCCAGUAUGGCGAACAUCGAACUCGGCAAGAAGCGGAUGCGCGACUCCAAUGAUGAUCUCCUAAUGAUGGACAUGAAGUCUGUCGGAUCGUUCUACUACGAGAACUUUGCCUUCCCAGGAAUGGUUCCGUAUAAACGACCGGCGGGCGACAAGUCCGGCAUGCCGGUCUAUCAGCCUACCGGCGCGACGACCUAUCAACAGUUAAUGCAGCUGCAGCAGCCCUUCGUGCCUGUGUCAUGUGAGUACACUGGAACACCACCCCUACCCACCCAAACCUCUAACCAAUCGGUCGUGCAACCCCCGAACGUGCAAAGCAACCACCACGCGGUGGUGGUUCAGUCCUCCUCCUCCUCCCAGGAAACCGGUGGCGCCACAGUCAAUAACUGCGCCGACGCCAACAAUGGCGUGCUGAUGGAUCCCUGCAACAACCCACCGCCACCGCCUCCGACCGCCGACAGUAACAGUAACAAUAGUAACGGCAAUAACAAGCAGCCAAACGCCACGCAGAAUCACGACGCCGAAAACGCGCAUAACUCCCCCGAAUUGAAUCACUCCAGCCCGUCGACGAUCGCUCAGCAACAGUCGCAACAGCAACACCAACAGCACCAGCACCAACAGCAUCAACAACAACAACAACAACAACAAGCUCAACAACAGGCCCAGCAACAGGCCCAACAACAGGCCCAACAACAGGCCCACCAACAGGCCCAUCAACAGGCCCAACAGCAGGCCGCACAGCAACACCAUCAUUUGCAACAACAACAACACCACCAUUUACAGCAACAACAGCAAAUACAGAAUCAAUUGGCAUUGUCGGCUGCGAGCGUACAGCCCGCGAUGAUGAGUCCGUUGACCUCGGUCGCUGGCCUGUCCUCGAUGCCCGGCGUGGUGAACAUGGUCUCGAUGGCCUCGAUGGCCUCAAUGGCGAACAUGCCGUCGGUCACGAUGGCAUCAUUGUCGAACUACAAUGUCACUAAUGUCGCCAACCUGAACAUGCUGAGCAGCCUGGGCAUGGCGUCCGGAUUACCGGCGCAUCUCGAUCCAGCCGCUCUCGCGAAAGAGGCCGCCCAAAAGAAUUACGCUAAGGCCAUUAAAUUGUCCCAAGCCUCGCAGUCGUAUCCCAUUAGCCAGCUAGCGGCGUUGAAUUACACCGGGGUGGCGUUGAACAAACAGGCACUGGUGAAUCCCGCGGCUGCGGCCGCAGCCGCGAACCAAGGGGUGACCGGGCUACAGGCCACAGCCGGGACACCUAGACAAGUGAUCCCAAACCUGGCCGGUAUCCCGGGCGCCCUUACCUCUCCGUUGUCCGCUGGAUUUCUGGCCUACUCUAGACCACCGGCGGGCACUCACAUCAAUCCUUAUUCGCUGAUGAGACCGCAGAUCCUGCCGAAUCCUUACGUUCAGGCCUCGAUGCCGACCGUUUCCAGCGCCGCCGCAGCCGCAGCGGCCGCCGCGGUCCAGGGUAGCCCGUACGCACAGAAUCCUUACACGGUUCUACCGGGUGUCGCGAGCGUUCCCGGAGUUGCCGCCGGCGUAGCAGCCGCCGGUGUACCGGGUGUUCCGCAAAUUUCGCAGAUUCCAAAUCCCGCGACGAUCGCGGCGCAACCGCAGGUGGCAAUCCCCGUGAGUUCCGGCGUGAUCAUGCAGCCGUACAAAAAGAUGAAGACCUCGUAA